AGGGCGGAAAACGUGUCAUGUUUCCCUUAUAGCGUUUAACGACUGGCGUUAUGUCAACACACGGCUUGACGCGCACCAAGAAAAACACUCCAGCUUAAAACUUUCCCGCUGCACGGUUUCACAACCUUCCAUGCGACAUGAAGGAUGUGGUAGACGGUUACAAGAUCUUGGACAAGCUGUCACAAGGACAUUUCGGCGCGGUGUUCAAGGCAAAACACAAGGAAUCGUCAAGAACGUACGCAUUGAGGCUUGUCGAGUGUGACACCUUGACGGGCGCUAAGGAGGCGACGGGGCACUUCAACAAACUUAAGGAACUCGACGACUGUUGCGCGAUUCUCCCUUACGUGGAUGCCUUCACAGAUAUCCAAGACCUGAACGUCUACGUCUGUGUGGCGACGCCGUUCGAAGAUGGACCGACGCUGAACGACUACGUCCUUCAACGCGAAGGCGUGUCCGAUCAAGAACUCGGAGUGUUGUUGUGUGACUUAAGCGAGGGGUUGGCUUUCUUACACAAAAACAACGUCACCCAUGGCGGCCUUACGCCGAGCAACGUUCUUCUGUGGACGGACGACUUUUUGCAGACUCGUGCCAAGAUUGCAGACUUCGGCAUGGCCAGAGUGUGCGAACAUCUCGAAGAAUGGACUUACGGUGGCAACGUCUACAAGUAUUUCUUUAAGAGGCAGCUUGGGGCGGAGUAUUUUCUCCCACCCGAGUGCUGGAGGGGGACAGAAGUGGAAUCGUUAGAAAGAGUGGACGUUUUCUCGUUGGGAGCUGUGAUCUGCGCAACGCUACUCCACACAAGUGUGAACGUUGAAAGUAGAAGAAUUCUGGCCUGUUUCGUCUUGAGCGGGGAGGGACAUUUACCGCUAUGGCAUAACGGGGCGGCCGAGGUGCUGCAACUGCCGGCAACGCCUAUCAACUCUCUGCUUAGAAAAAUGCUCAAGGCUGACCCAAAACAACGUCCUGACGCCGGAGAAGUCUUACACGUCGUAUCUGACUCUUUCGGCAAAACUACCGCCAAAGCAUACAGACCAUAUGCCAGGACAAGGCGGGUUUGCUACGGAUUUAUUGCAGUGCUCGCAGCGGCGUUAGCAGUUGGAGUGGGGGCUUGGAGCACGGGCAUGGUCGAGUUGUAACAAUUUGUCAGGAGACGCAAGAAAUGCCUUUAUACUCAGUAAUGCCAGCAACAACAACACGUAACUUGUCCACCAAGAGUUUCAUAACCCCUCCCUCAUUAGCAUACGUGCUUAUUUCCCUAGGUCCUUGGUCACAUUUAAGUUAAUUGAACCAAGGACGUUCUAUGAUAAAACGUCCUUGAUUGAACACCUGUCCUUACCGAGCGGGGACAGGUCUAGCGUUGUGAAGUACAUGUACACAAAGAAGUAGUAAAUUCAACUUAAGUUGACGCAAGAAAGAUAACUUAACAGGAAAUAGGAAUUUAUCAUAAAGAAAUAUGUUACCUUUGAAAAACACGGAUGGAGUCAAUUAUAAAAUUGUAUCAAACCCAGGUUUUUCGUAAAAAACGUAUACUGUUGUGAAUGUGAAAUGUUUGCCAUUUAGUUCACCACACAUUGUAACUAACAAGUAGUCUUUGUACAGGAUUUGUAUGCCCAAGUAUAUCCUGUAGCUACAAUAAGUAUACCAAAGGGGUGCAAUAAACAUUUCUUAUAC